AUGGUACCAAUAGCUGGUGCAGAAAUGGUGCAUAAACCUCUACAGCUUUAUCGGUACCUUCUUCGUUGUUGUAAGCAGCUUCCAAAUGAGAAUCUCCAGCAUUAUUACAAGCAUGCAGUACGACAGAGUUUUCAAGUUCAUGCUGAUGAGGAUGAUCCAGAACGAAUACAGCAGAUCAUUAAAAGAGCCAUAGAGGAUGCUGAUUGGGUGAUGAAUAAGGUGUGUGGAAGAAAAUCCUAA